AUGGGAUUUCACCAUCGAAAUUGUUCUAACUCAGGUCAAGAUUUCCAAUUGAGGAUGGAAUCUGACCCCAAAACUGAUUAUAAGAAAGAUCCAGAGAGGAAAGAUCGAGAGAGAUGGAAUCUGACCAGAAAACUGAUUAUUAGAAAGAGCAAGAGAGGAAAGGUCGAGAGAGGUGAGAUGAUAAAGUUUUCCAAUAGAGGAUGGGAUUUGACCAUAUAA